GUGGAAGCAACUGUUUUAAAAUAGAUGGGAUGAUGACAUCAUUACUAAUGUUCUAGCAUAUUUUGGUAAACAUUUGUGAAAUGGUUUUGAUCUUUAAACCAUUGAAUCACCUUUUGAAGGUCUAUGGGAGGUAAUUUUCUGAAGACACAUUUUGUAUGUCAAGUAACUAUUGAUGGUAGUAAAAAAUGUGGAAAGAAAAAUAAUUUUUUAUUUUUUUUUUAAUUUUUUUCUGUGGCAGCGAAUUAUUCCAUGAAGCUUACAGCUAGUAAAUAUUUAAGGUCUCGACAACAGUUUACACUUCUAUUUUCAUGCCAUUUAAUAAUUUCCUAAAACAACUUAGAUCAUAGCUGAAUCCCAAAACACCAUGUCUAAUUCCGAAAAAGUAUUGGGAAAGGUAAAACACACAGUCAAAUUCAAGAAAGCGGAUGGAACUUUUUCGUUGCUGACCAACCGACUAACAUGGCAUUCUUCUUCUGGUGAUGCAAAAACGUUUCAAUGUGUCUACUCUGACAUAAAAGUUCAACGUAUUAGCCCUGAAACGAGCUCGAAGGUUCAACUUCAAAUUGUCUUGCACAAUGACACUUCAUAUAACUUCCACUUUGCUAAUCCAAAUGGUAGGGACAAUCAGCUAAAAGAUCGUAACCAAAUGAAGGACUUGCUUGCAGAACUGAUACCUGCACAUCGUCACAAAGCAAAUAAAGAUUUGGAAGAAAAAAAUAAAAUUUUUAAAGAAAGACCAGAACUUUAUCAACUUUACAAGGAACUGGUUGUAAGUGGAAUCAUUACGGCAGACGAUUUUUGGGACAAUCAAAAAAUGAAUAUAAAUCCAUCGAAGGAAAUGGAGAAACAAGAAGUUGGUAUUGGUUCAGGUUUCUUGGCGGAGUUGAAACCAGACAUGCAUGGCUGUAAUGAACUUCGUUUCAACUUGACAGCUGAUAGCAUUGAAUCCAUCUUUAAAAUGUAUCCUACAGUAAAAGAGAAGUAUGUCAACACUGUACCAAACGAUAUGACUGAAAAAGAAUUCUGGACAGAAUUCUUCCAAUCACAACACUUUCAUCGAGAUAGAAUCCAAAAAAACGCUUCUUCCAAGGAUAUAUUUGGAGAGUAUGCUAAAAAAGACGAACAAGAAUAUUUAAAAAAGGUCACACAAGAUUUUUUUGACCCAUUAUUCGAUUUUUCAUCAACUUCACCAAACUUUGAAGAGGGGUAUGGAACUACUUCAAGAUCAAAACCUUCUGUUAACGAUCCACUAAUAAAACACUUUAACCACCAAAGUUUAAUGGUUCUGCAAAAUACACAGAAAAGAUCCAACACAGAAAGAGAUUCUGACGAAUUUAAAAAGAAACGUAUUCGAGAAGCCUUGGAACUAGAAGACCUUGAAGAAUACAGAGAAGGAUCAGUUGCUACCUUAAAAAUAUUAGACAUUGAUAAAUUUGCACAUAAGCCAGCUGAAGGAGAACUAAACGGUUCUGAGAAUGGGUACAAUAACGCUGCAUAUCAAAAAAAUAUUAUACAAUUAAAAGAAAGCGUAACGGCUUGGACACCUUCCCUGUCACAAGUACUUUCAGCUUCAGAUGCAGCAGAAGUCAUGGAAGAGGUAUCGCCUGGUGGCAAGUUUAUGUCUCAUGUUGGGAAAACGAAUUUAGCUGAAACCGCACCAAGUGAUUUACUGCAAGAAAUGAAGAAGCAAUAUAUAUCACUAGCUGAAUUGUUGAGACAUUUCUGGUCCUGUUUUCCUGUCAAGACUCCUCAAUUGGAAGAAAAGGUUCGUCGAAUGGCUAGCAGUUUAGAAAAAUACCGAGAUACGAAGCUAGCCAACUUUCAGUGUAUGCAACCGUCGAAUUGCAAUCAGCUGGCUGUUCACAUGAGUGAGAUGAUAGAAGUGGCCAUCAAGAAGUUUAAAAGUUGGGAAGAAAGACGAGCGAGCGUGAAGUUAGGUCGGACGUAACCAAAUGAAGUGAGAGUAAACGUGCUGCAGUCGAAGUAGGAUCUCAUUUGUCGCGCAGGUUAUGUGGGAUGAGUGCUUUGUAGAUAAACAUCAGUAAAUAAUGUAACAAUAAAUAAAUAAAUAUCGAAAAUGAUAAACAAUGUUUUUCAAUGUUGAUUGCGCACACACACUUACACGGGAUUCUAACGAAGAAAAUUGACAAGUCUUAAAUCAUCAAUGUCUUCCCCAGGGGUAUUGUAUCUUUUCUAACAUUGGGACGCUGCGUUAGAGUGAAUAAUCCCAGGGAGAAAGUUGAUUUGAAAAAAUGUGUUUUUCAAGAAAAUCAAGGCUAGAAUAAUGAGGGGAAAUUCGUGCAUUGUCCCCUGCGAUCUUAGCAAUGUAGUUACUGCGGAACCGAAAUGAAGGUUGUUGUUUUGAGAGGUUUAGUUUCAGCUUUUUAUACCAAAAAUUAAAAUGGUAAUUUUAUUCAACAUUGCACCAUAAAAAGCUUAUUUGGAGUCCCGUCAGAAUAUACCUGUAAAAUAGCCCUCGGCAAAAUAGCCCUGUUCAAAGUAACUAGUCACUUGAAUUCUAAAAGUUUUACAGAAUUUUUUUAUACCAUGUACGAACUCGGCAUAUGAGAAAAGUGAGACCCGAUACCCUAUGUGAUACCCGAGACCCGAGACCCAAUACCCUGAUACCGAUACCCGAGACCCGAUACCCUGAUUUUUUUUUUAUUAUUUUUUUUAAUUUUUUAUUUGAAUAUGAACGAUAAUAAAAACACAUUUUGAUAUGUAUAUAUUUCUUCAUUAUACGGAAAUAUUUGUUGCACGUAAUAUGCGAAUA